AUGGGUCGAAGAAAAAUUGAACGAACGCCAGCCGAAGAAGAAGACAUUAAAAGAUUACGUAAUGACAAAAGAAAAACAAGCAGGUAUAACAAACGUAAUAUGCAAGAGAAAAAAUUACAUUGUCAUAACGGCGUAUCUAAUAUGAAUACUUUGAAUUCGCAAAAUAUUGAUGAUAUUGUGCAAAAUGUUGCAACAUCUGAAAAUACAUGCUCUCCCUUGAAUUCCACUGCUUAUGAUAUUAUAAAUAAUAUUCAGAAUGUUCCAUCAACGUCGAAAAAUACAUCAACAUCCAGAAUCGCAGAAUUUGAAAGUGAAAACUCUGGCUGUAUGCAUUCGUCUGAUUUAUCUUCAAUUCUUCCUGUAAGAUUAGAAACCUCUUGUACAAGAAAUGAUUCUUUAUUAUCAUCAUACUCCGAUCAUAACUAUUGUUAUCCUUCAAUCCUAAACUGUAUUACAUCUAAUGUCCCUUCUCAACAGAAUGAUACAUCAUCCUUUACGUAUUCGCAAUCUCAACAUCAACUCACUGACCAUGAUUAUUCCCGUCCAUUGGUUUUAGAUUCAACGAUAUCACAUAAUCAUUUAGAGCAUCACAGCAUAAUAAACAAUACGUUUUCUUCCAGUGCCGCUUCAGUAAACGAAAAUUCCAAUCAUAAUGAACCUUCAGAUCAAAUAAACGUAAAUAAUGUAGCCAAUAUAGAUACAAGUUCAGAACAUUACAUAGGUAAUAUGAUUGUAAAGUGUCGGCAUUGUACUGCAAAACAUUUUACUGCUGAAAAAGUUGCUAAUAAAUAUGAUUCUUUCAAUGACUGUUGUCGACAUGGUGAAGUAAAUUUAGGCCUUCAACAAGAUCCUCCAGAAUUAUUAAAAACAUUGUUUUCAGGAACUCAUGUGAAGUCUAAGAAUUUCUUUGACUGUAUUCGAAAUUAUAACAAUUCAUUCUCUUUCGCUUCUUUCAAUGCUAAUUUGACUAAUUUGUCAUCCCAAAGACGUGGCCCAUAUUGCUUUAAAAUCCAAGGGAAAAUCUAUUAUCAAGUAAAUACAUCAUUGUAUCCAUCUCCAAAUGAAUCUCCCAGUUAUGGACAAUUAUUUAUUGUAGAUACUAAUGAAGCAGCUGAGUGUAGAUCUGCACGAAAUAUUAAUUGUGAGGUAGACCUUUUGAAAGCUAUUGACAACACGUUACGACACCAUAACGUCUUUGCACGAUCAUAUGAGAUGAUGAAAGAUGUUUUGAAAGACAAUUCAACAAUUGACUCAGACGGCAAUGCUAUUGAACCUGAAUUAAAUUUAAUUUUCACACUAAAACCCGGUAUGGACGCGCGUCGAUAUAAUUUUCAGAGGAUUAAUGAAGUUGCUGCUGUUUUUUCUACUACAGCUGAUGGUGAAAUCCCUGAAUCAUACGUUACAGUUCAAAAUAAGACAACCAAAUCUUUCCAAUUUUUAAGCACUAUGGAUCCUAAUACCGAACCCUGGAUUUAUCCCCUUUUUUAUCUAUAUGGUAAUCAAGGAUGGCAUAAAUCAAUACCUUAUCAAUACCUUAGCAAUACAAAACCCAUCGAACAGUGA